UCAGACUCCCCGCGGCGGACAUAUUAUACCCUGGUUUACUCCGUGGAAAAUGACUACUUAUCGAGUCUGAGCACCAGCAGAAAGAAAGAAAGUGAAGAAAAGCCUUGAAGGUGUGAAUUAAAUAAUACCAAAGUGGCAACGCAUCUCGCCAAGGCUGGCCCGAGAUGGCGAGGGUCAGUAUGGUGACGGAUGCUGAGCUGAGUGGACGGACGCCGCGCACUCCUCCACCGCCAGCUUGGUCGUUCCUGUCUCUCACGUUGUCUUAACAGUUAACUAUUUUGUCAGUGGUCAAGGCGUGUGCGUAUCGGUGUGUGCGCGUGGUGGCGGCAGCAGAGGGAGGUCAGAUUCCCUGUUGACACCACCACGUUAGAGGCUGUUGACAUCAACACCACCAACUGGUUGACUGCAGCAGUAAACCUGACACCCCUGAGUCUGAAGGCACAACUACAGCUGUAACGCUCCUUAUCGACUCAAUAAGGGGUCUAACACAGACCUCAAGGGUUCGAUUUCAUCCCGAAGGUGCUGACAUCACCAACACCAUGCUCAAGUUUCGCGUCACCAACAGCACGAAAGCCAGACGGGCGGCGGAGGCUCAAAGGAAAGCUCUGGAGGAAAAGUUGCAGAUGGAAUGGGCCUGGAAACCGAUGGCCGCCAUGAUGAACGACGCCCAGUCAGAUCUCGUUUACUGGAUUCCGCCUCUAUACAGCUCUAACCUGCUGGCAGCCGCCGCCGCAGCAGCAGCAACACCACAGUCGCGACGUGCCUCCGCCGUUGCCGCAGCAGCAGCAUCGCAGUCUCGUCGCGCCUCCGCCGUUGCAAUCCCUCAGCCACGCCGCUCCUCUCUGCCUCGUUCUUACGUAAGUGGAGUACCCACCCCGCCUCGCCGCCCUUCCCUCACCCGCACCACCCUCACCCGACCCUAUGGAGGUUCCUCGCAACGGAAAAGGCGCCUGGCCCAGAGGCGCCCAAAAAUGUCCCUUGGUAACAUCACACCCACCGAGAUCAACGUGGUUCCUCCUCCACCAGAGGUGCACUGCCGUGCAUGCGAACACGAAGCGGAAAUGACAGCCUCCGGAAACGAUACCGACACUGACAGCGGCAUGCACGAAGCUGCUGCCCACGAGCUGCCCGGCUUUCCCCUUCAGCAACACCCUCAUGAUCCCCACCACCCCCCACACUACUCUUCCCAGCCUCACCACGACCACCAGGCUCCCCACGACCCACAACAAGAGCAGCAGAUGCCCCCACCAUACUCUCAGGACCACAUGCCACACAUGCAAGAUCACCAGCAAAUGUCCAGUGGUUACUCACAGGAGCACCAGAUGCAAGGAUACCCACAAGAGCACCAGGCACCAGGAUACCCACAGGAACACCCAGUACCAGGAUACCAACAGGAACACCAGGUGUCCGGGACUUAUCCACAGGAGCACCAGGUGCCUGGCACUUACCAACAGGAGCACCAGGUAACCGGCACUUAUCAGCAGGAACAUCAGGUGCCUGGUACUUACCAACAGGAGCACCAGGUGCCUGGUACCUAUCAGCAGGACCACCAGGUGACCGGCAGCUACCCACAGGAGCAACAAGUCCCCGCCAGCUACCCGGAUGGCAGCUAUCCCCAGGACCACCCACACACACAAGACCACCACCUUCACCAACAGCCACAGGACAUGUCUAAGGAGCAUCAAGAUCAUAUGCUUCACCAGCAAAUCUUGUAUCAUGAGCAUCAACUGCAGCAACUGCAGCAGCAACAAUAUCAGCAAUACUACACGCACCAGUAUCAUCAGCAAUACCAGCAGCAACAACAACAACAACAGCAACAGCAGCAGCAACAGCAGCAAACACAGCAGCAGCAGCAGCAGCAACAGCUCCAUCAACAGCAGCAGCAACAGCUCCAUCAGCAGCAGCAGCAGCAGCUUCACCAACAACAGCUUCACCAGCAGCAGCUCCAUCAACAGCAACAUCAACAGCAUAUGCAGCACCAGCACCACGCUCAGCAUCAGCAUCACCAGCACCACCAGCACCCGGGACCACCCCCCUCUCAGUCGCAGCAGCACGCACGACAGUUCCAGCACCACCCGCAGUGUAAGCAGCGCCACAUGCAGCAGCAUCCGAUAUCCACCAUCAACGAGGAGGGCUCGGUGACAGCCAGCAUCACACCUUCUGCUGCUCACCAAGCUGCUAUCGCCCGCCAGCGUCCCUUCCGCCGCUCUACCAUCAAACGCAAGUAUGUCCACGAACCAGACAUCGUGCGUCGACACUCAGAGCCCGUUAACAAACCCAAGAGCGCGCCCACGCUGCUCAGACUCUUGGAGAAGGUGUCCCAAAUUCACAGUGUACCUUUUAAGGCCGGUACUUCUAAAAACAAAUCUAAGGCUAAGAACUUCUUCUCUCGUGACGCCGAGACUCGUUGCUACGGCAGCAAAAAGAUAAAACGUCCUUCUGUUAAGGUCUACAAUGCUCCCAGCCGCAUGUCCAGCCGCCGCUCAAAGUCCUCACAGGAGGAAGAUCCUCGUUUCUUUGUGUCCCUUGAUCAGCCGGCUGGAAUACCGCCAAUUCCCACACCUGUGGCAGCAGCUGCGGAAGCCGCAAAGGGGCCACAAGCUGGAGCCAGUAAAACCCCCCGCAAGUCACUCUCUGGUGACACCUUCGAAUCACGUCACGCUCACUUACAGAUGGUGCUCCGGCUACUGUCACAACUUUACCAGGACAAGGUGGGCCGUCAGGACACAGAAAUCAAGAUGCUCAAGACUCGCGUCCAAACACAGGACAAACACCUCAAGAAGAUGGCCAACCUCCUGCUGCAGCUCCGCGAGGACGUGGCCAAACUGAAGAGCUACCACCAACCUCAACAUCAACAACAGCAACAACAGCAGCAACAAAUGCCGCGAGACCCGAGCCAGGUGACUGCCAAAGAUCAGACAACCACCACUCUUCUUAGCAUCAAGGUGGGCGACGAAGGAAAGACCACUAUUGAUGUGUAGCAUAAGCUUCCUCCCCCUCCCCCGUCCUUCUCCACCUGCCCCGACCUUCCCCUUUCUCCAUCUCCAACUCCAUCCACACCUUCUCAACCUCCGACCCCGCUCCCCACGCCUCCCCCCGCCCGUGCUUCCAACCCAAGCCUCCAUACAUUGCAAACUGGAGCCUCUUCCCCCAUCACACACCCCUCUCACCCCUCACCUCAGUCUUCCUGUAAUUCUCCCUCCCUCUCCAUCCGCUCCACUCCCAGUCCGCGCCAUUCACCGCGGGCAUCACCCUCCCCACGCUCCCCACACCUCCCCACUGGCCGCUACGGCCGUCCCACCUUCCACACAUUCCGCCCCGGGACUUCAUCACCAUCGUGUAACUCUCCUCUUCGCUCCACUCCCAGCCCUCGUCCCUCCCCACGCGCCUCGCCUGUUCCACCCUCCCCUGACACUGGGCCUCCAACACCAAAGAUUUCUCCCGGACAGCAGGAUGGGAAUAUUAUAAGCGGUGCAGACAUAAACUCACCCUGAAUUCAUUAAAGUAUGUGCACCCACGCUCCAAAGUGUGCACGUAAGCAAGCAAGCACACACACACACACACACACACACACACACACACACACACACACACACACACACACACACACACACACACACACACACACUCCCUGGUGCUCAAGCUGGACUCUAGAUCACAAAUGUGCGCGUCUCAAAGGAUCAUAAUAAUACUCAGUGUUGACAAGAAGUACCACGCAGGUACACAAGUAGCUCAUGCAUAUACUAUAUAUAUAUAAUAUGUGUAAUAGAGGACUUGGUGUUUGAAGUUUAUAUACAUAUAUACAUACACGAAUAUAGAUACUAUUUUGAAAUCAAUGCCUGUCGGAAUUCAUGCUCUAAAAAUUUCAUGUCUCCUUGGCCUCCCAAUCUGCAGUAUUAUUUUUCUGAAAACUCUUGGUGUUUAUACGUAUAUUAGAUUGAUGUUUAAGAUGGAAAUACACACACACACACACACACACACACACACACACACACACACACAAGAGCGCGUACAUACACAUAUGUGGGCGCACGCACACACGCUCGCGCACACACACACACACUUACACACACACACACACACACACACACACACACACACACACACACACACUAAUGUUACCAUUAAAUGACCAUUGUAAUGAUGACCAUAGUUAUAAUAAUAAUAAUAAUAAUAAUAAUAAUAAUAAUAAUAAUAAUAAUAAUAAUUAAUAAUAAUGUCGAUAUGAUGUUAAUAAGGAUGAUAAUGGUGAUGAUUAUACUCAUGAUAAUAAUUAUGAUGAUAACAAUGAUAAUUACUAAAAUAUCAAUGAUGACAGUUUCAAUACCAUUUACUGUGUGGAGAGGUGAGCCGCCUCCUGGCUCUUGGUGCUCCGCGGGACGCACCAACCACACCCCCACCCAAUAGUGUGUAAGUGUGACGCGGGGCGCGAUGCAGCGUCACCUGUGCUGCGCUGGCGGGCAGGGACGUAGCGGUCCCGUGAAGGUCUAGAAGUGGCCGAGACGACGAUGGCUGAGAUAAACAGGUGCAUGCCAACACCUGUGUAAACCCCUUGAUUAAUGUUCACAGUGUUAGGUAUGUGUGUGUGUGUGUGUGUGUGUGUGUGUGUGUGUGUGUGUGUGUGUGUGUGUGUGUGUGUGUGUGUGUGUGUGUGUGUGUGUGUGUGUGUGUGUGUGUGUGUGUGUGUGUGUGUGUGUGUGUGUGUGUGUGUGUGUGUGUGUGUGUGUGUGUGUGUGUGUGUGUGCUGUCUGUCUGUCUUAUCUGUCUAUCUGUCUGACUGUCUGUAUGUUAUCUGUCUGACUGUAUGUUACCUGUCUGUAUGUAUGUAUGUUACCUGUCUGUCUAUCUGCCCGUAUGUCUACCUGAAUAUUGAUGUUGUAUCCAAACGGAUGCGCCUUCCUCCGCCGCCCUAUCGGGCCUGGCCGGGCCGGAAUAGCAAUAUCGUGCUAUAUUGCACACCGUCAACGCGGUCUUGUCCUUCCCUUUUUACCUCUGCCAUUUAUACCUCGGCCAUUUCUGCACGACACACUUGUAGUUGACUUAAUAUUGGACUCUUUGUUGUCAAAUGAGAAUAUCUGUUGUCGAACAAGAUCCCUUCGUCAGGCUCCAGUAACACGCAGGCCGCGCUCACAGCCAAGUCUUGAGUAUUUAUACCGUUCACGUUCAUUCAUUUGUUAUUCACGGCGCCGGGACUCACCAUUUGGCUUCAAUAUUUCAGCAGGUCUGUGUAGCACACGUAGUCUGUUGUUUUACCGGAAAUGACGUCAUUGUUGUUGCCAAACUGAUCAUAGAAUAUUUUUUUUUUUCAAUCACAUCUCGUCGGUACCCCCUACCCACCCCCUCCCACCUUACGUCCACUCACUCCUCACGCCUCGCCUUCGCCUUGUUUGCUCUGUGACAUCUCGCAGACACUAGUCAUUUUUUACAGUUUUUUACAUUCGUACUUGACAAAACUGUACAAUCUACUCUGCCCAAGCUGCCCCUUCUCCUCGAUUUCUACAAAUAUUCUUGGGUAUAUCUCAAAUGUACGAAUCUUUAAAACCAUUGUUCUUACCUAGUGAAUGUUGGUAGAAGAAAAAUAAUAUAUUUGUUCCCUGUUAAAAAAAAGAUUUAUCUGUUAUGUGAAAGGAAAGCAUAUAUAUUAUCCUUAAACGUUG